CGGGCGGGGUGAGCAUUUUCCGCCACCUGCGCUUAGAACUUCACUGCGGUUCGCGGAGAUUAAAGCGCGGAAGGCAUUUUGCCCAUUGAGGCCUCCGUAGCGAGGGGGCGAGGCCCGGAAGGGAGCAGGAUGGCGGCGCUGGAUAGAGACAGCGACGAGGAUUUGGUCAGCUAUGGGACGGGCCUGGAGCUGCUGGAAGAAGGCGAGAGACCAAAGAAACCAAUUCCUCUUCAGGAUCAGACUGUCAGAGACGAAAAAGGAAGGUAUAAACGAUUUCAUGGAGCCUUCAGUGGAGGUUUCUCUGCUGGUUACUUCAACACCGUUGGUUCAAAAGAAGGAUGGACACCCUCUUCCUUUGUGUCUUCACGACAGAACAGAGCAGACAAAUCUGUUUUUGGUCCCGAAGAUUUUAUGGAUGAAGAGGAUCUUAGUGAAUUUGGGAUAGCACCUAAAGCGAUUGUUACCACAGAUGAUUUUGCUUCUAAAGCCAAAGAUCGAAUACGAGAAAAGGCCAGGCAGUUAGCAGCAGCUACUGCCCCUAUUCCUGGCGCCACUUUGCUUGACGACCUCAUAACACCAGCAAAGUUAUCUGUUGGUUUUGAAUUGCUAAGAAAAAUGGGUUGGAAAGAAGGACAAGGAAUUGGUCCUCGAGUAAAGAGAAGACCACGCCGACAGAAAUCUGAUCCUGGAGUAAAAAUCUAUGGCUGCGCAUUACCCCCUGGAGGCUCUGAGGAUGAAGAUGAUGACUACUUGCCAGAAAAUGUGACCUUUGCACCCAAAGAUGUCACACCUGUGGAUUUCACACCUAAAGAUAAUGUACAUGGACUGGCUUACAAGGGCCUGGAUCCCCACCAAGCACUGUUUGGAACUUCAAGAGAACACGUUAGUCUCUUUAGUGGUGGACCCGAGGGUGCCAACAAUCUUCUUGGAGAUGUUGGAGUGAAUAAAGGAAGAAAAUUGGGAAUUUCAGGCCAGGCUUUUGGUGUAGGUGCCCUGGAAGAGGAAGACGAUGAUAUCUAUGCCACGGAAACUCUAUCCAAGUAUGAUACCAUUUUGAAGGAUGAGGAGCCUGGAGACGGACUGUAUGGCUGGACAGCACCCAGGCAAUAUAAAAAUCAGAAAGAAUCAGAGAAAGAGCUUCGCUACGUUGGCAAAAUUUUGGAUGGAUUUUCCUUGGCUUCUAAACCUUUAUCUUCUAAGGAAAUUUAUCCACCACCUGAACUGCCAAGAGACUAUCGACCAGUGCAUUAUUUCAGACCUGUGGUGGCUGCAAACUCAGAGAACUCCCACUUACUUCAGGUAUUAUCAGAGUCAGCUGGAAAGCCAAUACAUGACCCAGGGACACAUAGCAGGCACCAACUGAAUGCCUCCAAGCGGGGAGAGUUGCUAGGAGAAACGCCUAUUCAAGGGGCACCUACUUCAGUGUUAGAAUUUCUGUCCGAAAAAGAUAAAGAGAGACUCAAAGAAAUGAAGCAGGCAACUGACCUUAAAGCAGCUCAACUCAAGGCCAGGAGUCUGGCCCAGAAUGCCUCUAGCAGCAGACCCCAGCCCUCCUCUCCAGACGUCGGCCACUGCUCUUGGCACAUGGCACUGAGUGGUGGCACAGCCCCCGUAAGAGCCAGCAACUUCAAACCUUUCGCAAAAGAUCCAGAAAAGCAAAAACGAUAUGAAGAGUUUUUAGUAAAUGUGAAACAGGGUCAGAAAGAUGCUCUGGAACGUUGUCUUGAUCCCAGUAUGACAGAGUGGGAGCGACGCCGUGAGCGGGAUGAGUUUUCUCAGGCAGCCCUGCUGUAUGUGUCUUCCCAUUCGACUUUGUCCUCCCGGUUCACUCACGCCAAGAUGGAAGACGAUUCAGAGCAGGUGGAAGUCCCUCGGGACCAAGAGAAUGACGUCAGUGACAAGCAGUCGGCUGUGAAGAUGAAGCUGUUCGGGAAGCUUACCCGAGACACAUUUGAGUGGCACCCUGAUAAGCUUCUGUGUAAGAGGUUUAAUGUCCCUGACCCAUAUCCAAGUUCAACUUUAGUUGGCUUGCCAAGAGUGAAACGUGACAAAUACUCAGUCUUCAACUUUCUGACAGUCCCAGAGACAGCUUCCUCACCUGCAACUCAAGCAUCAAGUGAGAAAGUUCCGCAGCACCGAGGUCCCGACAAAUCAAGAAAACCAUCCAGAUGGGAUACAUCUAAACAAGAAAAGAAAGAAGAUUCCAUUAGUGAAUUUUUAAGUUUGGCUAGAUCAAAAGUUGGUCCACCUAAACAAGAGUCCAGUCCAUUAGCAAACAAAGAGGAAGAGCAUACAAUGGAAUCAGUCUCAAAUAAGGUAAACAAAGGUGUGGAUUCACAGACUGAAGGAGAGGGUAGCCGCCCAUCCAUGGACUUAUUCAAAGCCAUCUUUGCUAGCUCCUCAGAUGAAAAGUCUUCAUCCUCUGAGGAUGAGCAGGGCGACAGUGAGGAUGAUCAGGAGGGUACCAGGGAAGCCGACUUCAGAGGUUCCCAAGAGGCUGAUGUGGUGGAAAUGUCAUCUGUGGCACAAGCUAGUGAGCCAGCACCCCAGGAGCCCGCACCUUUCUUCCCGAUUCAGAAGAUACAGAUAGAUGAAAGAGAAGAGUUUGGCCCGCAGCUGCCUCCCGUCUUCUGCCCCAAUGCUCGUCAGAAACUUGAGGCACCUCUCAAAGAGAAACAUAAAAAGAACAAAGAAAAACACAAGACCAAGAAAGAGCACAGACGGAAGAAAGAGAAGAAAAAGAAACACCGGAAGCACAAACACAAAGGCAAGCAAAAGAAUAAAAAGUCAGAGAAAAGUAGUAGUUCCGAGAGUACGAACAGCAGUGACAGCCAGAGCGAUGAAGAAGGGGCCGCAGACCUGUCACCCCAGGAGCUGCUGAGACGAGUAGGGUAGGCGUCCAGCGCACCUUCCUCCGGAUGGAUGGCCGGUUGUCUUAGUGAGAGUGAGUAGGUGAGCUGCGAUGAAAAGAAACCCUUUCAACCCACUGGCACGGCACGGUGGAGCAUAAGUUAAAUUGAGAAAGUUACUCAGGAUCCCAGUUUGUUCCGCUCUAGAAUGUGGCCCUCAGAGGAGCCGAGGGCAACGGGUUGGAGGAUGGUCUUGGAGGUUGUUAUGGUCCUGCCUGGAAGUCGCUGUCUUCCCUUCCCCUCCAGCCCCCGGGCCGGAGCAGCUGGGUGGCCCUGCCCGGCCAGCACGGGACCAGGUAGGGCAAAUCCAGUUGUGGGCCCAGGGUGAUGGGGGACACGGCAGGCGCGAGCCCUGGCCACUCGGCCCCACCGGUGCUCUGGGCUGUUAAGGGAGGUGUAGCUUGAUCAGAUUCUAAAUGCCUGUGCCCAUGUGGAUUGGUUCCUGGAUUCUCUGUUCUGGUUUCUUAGCCAUUUUUUUUUUUUUUUUUUUUGCGGUACGCA